GUGAACUUUGGAAAUACCUUUAUUUAUUAAGUAUUUUAAAUGGAUAAUAAUUUCUUUAUAACUACGAUGAUUGUAGAACUUUGUAAAUUAUUUAGAUAAAAUUUAUAACUGAGUUAUAAAGAUACAAAAAUGGAUGAUUUUGAGACAGAUGAAGAUUUUUCACCAAAUAAAAAAGGUUCCGAACCAAGCUCAGAUUCAAACAAUGAAUCUUCCUCUGAAAAUCUUCAUGAUUCUGUUCCUGAAAAUGACAAUUCUACCAAUAACCUAGAGGAACAAUUCGAUAAUGAAGACCGUGGUAAUCUAUCAGAGGAUGCUGAAUCUGACAGUAGUGAGGAGAUGAAGAACUUUUUUACAGCGACAAGGUCAGGGUUUAAAAAGGUCGCUGGAGAUGUGAAGAGAGUAACGAGACUUGACUUUGAAGAUUAUCACAGGAGGAGACAUUUGGAAUCCUUUGCAAAGUCAAUGGAUCAGUGGAGUGAGUUUGAAAAAAAGUUCGAGCUGAAAGAAGGAGUAACUCCCCAGGAUUUUACAUUCUCUAGGCUUAACUUUGAUAGAUAUCGAGAUACUCUUUUGAACAUAGAUGUGAAGGAGAUGACCCAGCUUGACAAAUUCCUGUUUGACCUAAUUGACAGCUACUACGAUGAUAUGCAAAACGAAGACUUGAAUGUAGUUAUGUCCAAACUUAGAAGAAAAUACAAACUCGCUCCUUCAAAACGUGAAAUUUUUGAAAGGCUCGAAUCACUACAGUGUUUAACUUUGGACCAGGAUAAUAGAGUUGAAGAUGAAGUGGAUAACCGUAAACCUGAACAUAAUAACGCAAAUGGUAAACAUGAAUCAGAUAAUCAAACUGUCACAUUAGAUUAUGAAGGAGACGAAACACCCUCGAAAAAGCUCAUGGUUGGGAGUAAACUUAAGCACCUAUUGAGGAAUAAAGCUAUAAGGUCCAAUUCAGGAGUCGUGGUAAUUACAGUGAUGACAAGUCCGGGAACGUUCAGCUGCUCCGAAAAUUGUUACUACUGUCCAAAUGAACCUGGUCAGCCAAGAAGUUAUCUUUCUACUGAGCCAGCAGUGCUUAGAGCAAACCAAAAUGAUUUUGAUGCAGUUAAGCAGUUUUAUGACAGAGCAAACACACUUUAUAAAAACGGACAUGUGGUGGAUAAAAUUGAAAUCAUAGUCCUUGGAGGCACAUGGAGUGGCUAUCCAAGGAGCUACCAGGAGGAGUUUAUCAGGGACUUAUUUUAUGCAGCCAAUGUAUAUCCCGAGAAUUUACAAAAGUGCAGAGAAAGAGGGACUAUAGACUACGAACAAACCUUAAAUGAGAACAGCAAGUGUAGAAUCAUAGGUUUAACACUUGAAACCAGGCCUGAUAGAAUAAAUCCUACGGAAAUAGAACUCCUGAGGAGGUUUGGAUGCACGAGAGUCCAAUUGGGAAUACAACAUACAAACGACUCGAUUUUGGAAUAUGUAAACAGAGGCCAUACAACACAAGAUUCAAUAAAAGCUAUUUACCUGUUGAAGGAAAACUGCUUUAAAGUUGAUAUUCAUAUCAUGCCCGACCUCCCUUCCAGUAACCCUCAGGAGGAUUUGGAGAUGUUUAAGUACAUCCUGUCAAGUAAGGACCUCCAAGUUGACCAGUGGAAGAUUUAUCCCUGCGAAGUCACUCCGUUUUCAGAAAUUGAAAAAUGGCACAAGGAGGGCAAGUAUAUCCCCUACUUUGAUGUUGACUCCAAUCUCCUAACUAACUUGAUAAUCAGAGUAAAAAGAGCUGUGCAUCCAUGGAUAAGAUUAAACAGGGUAAUAAGGGAUAUACCUAACCCGUCAAUAAUCGCAGGAACAAACUUAACUAACAUGAGGCAGUUGAUACAUAAUCAGAUGAAGAAGCUAGGCCUGGUGUGUAAUUGUAUACGAUGCAGGGAAGUUAAGGAAUCUAGUAUAGGGAUUCCAGUUUUAAUAGUUCGUGAGUACGAGACUAAGGGUGGGACUGAGUACUUUCUAAGCUACGAAAAUGAGUCUAGGAGUAUAAUAUACGGUUUCCUGAGACUUAGAAUAAGCAAUAACAGAACUUAUGAUAAGAAAAUCACUAAAUUCAAGUCUUUGAUAGGUUCAGGUCUCAUCAGAGAAUUACACGUCUACGGAAUUGUCGUGGCUCAUGGAGAAAAACUUGAUGUAAACGAGCCUUCACAGCACAGAGGCAUUGGGUCCAAUUUAAUUUUGGCCGCAGAAAUAAUCACAGCAUAUCGAGGUCUCUGGAAAAUGGCAAUUAUAGCUGGAAUUGGGACAAGAGAAUACUACAAGAAACAUGGAUAUGGUCUGGAGGAGACAUUCAUGACUAAGCAUCUAUCAUCUCAGGACAUCAGUGAGAGGUAUGAGAAUGCAAAAUUGAGGCAGAUUCAAGUUCCGGAAGACAUAACUGUAGAACUAAUCAAUCUUGAAAACGCAACCAAGGUGCUAAAUAUGUCUGUGCCGGCAAGUAGAGGGGAGUUGAUUGAUCCUGAACUCGAAGAAAAUAAAAAAUAUGACAUAAAUGUAAGCUACCUCCUGGAACUUGCAAAGUAUAACUCUGACUUCCCUAUAGACUACUCUAAAAUGGACAUGUUUGAGAAAUUUAUUUUAAACGGAAGAAUCCUUAAAGAUAAAGUCAAGAAUAUGAUAGUGGAACACCCCUUUGUAUUCCUGUCAGUGUCAUUCUGUGCAGCCACAGUGUAUUUUUCAAGGUCCAGGGCUGGAAGGAGAUGAUAGUGUCAAGUCCUUCUCCAAAUUUCCAAGCUGGUAUAGCAUUAAUUUUAUCAAAAAUGACAGUUUCUGCUUAUUCAGGCGAUUCUCACUUAUUAAGGUUUCUAGAUUGUCAUUAGUCACUGUAAUAUAUUUAUAAGU